AUAGACGCUUACCCAUUGGGUGCGUUUGCGCGGUUAAACUAUCGAGACGCUUAACAGAACGCGUCCACGUGCUCAUUGGGUGUGUUAAGGUGGUAAUUAACCACUGAGACUGAGAAUUUUGUGACUAGGACCAAUAAAAUAGAUCCGACUGGCCCCAUAUCGGAGAUGUCUUCACCCCAGUACGAAAUCCAGGAAACAACAGUUGAUCAAGCACGAUUUGAUACGAGUAGCGCUGAAGACAACGAGUCGGAAGAUGGCGAACAGCAGGGUGAACCACAGAUCAUGUACGCGCAGUACGAUGGCAACUUUGAACCAGAAUUCGAAUAUCAGUAUGUCCAGCGAACAAUCAAACGACGCGGGCAUUUGCCGAAGGAUUCGGUGAAAGCAUUGAAAAGCUGGUUGUACGAGCAUCGAUUCAACGCUUAUCCGACCGAAGUGGAAAAACAUCUUCUCUCCCAAGACACUGGCCUGACUGUGUUGCAGAUCAGCAAUUGGUUCAUCAAUGCCCGAAGAAGGUAUCUGCCGGAUAUGAUGAGGAGGGAGGGCUACGACUCGAUGCAGUACACAAUCACUAGAAGGAGAAAGGCCUCAACUAGAGGUGAAGGUGAUGAUGACAACGGGGGAGAGGUGGUAUAUCAAAAGCUAAACAAGAUCAUGCGAAUACAACGAGUACAGGAUGAGGAGAACCCGGCCGAUUUUACCGAUUCCGGUGAAUACAUAAUUGGAGAAAAUGGCAUAAUAACCAACGAUAAAAAGUUCAACCCUUGGAACCCCGAUAUUCACUAUGGCCUGACUGUCAAUCCAGCAGACAGAGGAUCGACCAGCGCCGAGGUACCAAAGGCAAAACAAGCCCAGGUUAAACAGGCAACUUUCCCAUCAAACUUGGUCAUGGUGAAAACAGCAUCUGGCAAAAAUGUGCUUUUAAAGGUGGUUCCACAAGGAAGCGGAAAUAUUCCGACCGCCGUGAUUUUGAAGCCCACAAAAAUCAUCAAACGUCCCGUUAUCAAGUCUGAAUUUGUCCAAGGAACAUCCACUUCAUUCUCUGCCGAUUCAGGCGAGUCGUCGAAAACUAUCAUUCUGAAGCCGACGAAGAUGAUCAAGAAGCAGACAAUAGUGCCUCAAGCGAAUCAACAUCAGACCAUCCAACUUGUGGAAGAAGAGAUUGGCAUCGAUGAAAAUGAGUUUGCUUGCGAAAAUCUCAAACAGGAGUAUUUUGAAGAUGACGAAGUGGAAGCCAACACAUCUACGGAAAUGUCCAGCAUGCUUGAAGAGGAGAUCGUCCAUGAAAGCGUCUAUGUGGAGGACAAUUUGGAUCCAGAAGCUGUAUUUGAAGAAGAACUUGUUCAAGAUGAAGACAGAGAAGAAGAAGUAGCUGAAGAAGAGGUAGUUUUAGACGAAGGCACUUUUCUGAGUGAAGACAUCUUUUGCGAACCUGUGGAAGAGGAACCUGAAGAAGUGUUUGUUAAUGAGGUGACUUUGGAAGAGGAUGUAAACGAGACAUUCGCCUAGGGUGAGAUAAAAUUUCGACAUGGACGUUUCGCUACCCCGUUGGGCUAACAUCUUCACAGUGUGUACACAGUUGAAGAUGCUAGUAUCAAAACGUAGAAGCAUUCUUAUCUCCCAACAUCCAAAGUAGACGCACGUCUGAGGAUGUCAGAAGAACCGAGCUUCAGUCAACCGCGGACUAAUCAUCCAAAAAUCACCGAUGCAUAUAUUGUAACCGUUUGGUUCUUGUUAAUAGGCUUAUAUUUUAUGUUUUAAGAUUGUUUGAAACUCUUGCUCUCUCGGAAAAUUCGUGGGAACUUUCCUGCACACCAUUUGGUUGACCAAAUUUUGCAUAAAAUUUGGGUAAAUGCGCGAAGAUUUCAAGCAGUUUUAAAGCGACAGGGUUUGAAAUGGAAGUUUAAAGUAGAAAUAAUUUAAGAAUAGUUAAUUAUCACCCGGGUUUACCGAACGUGCUGCUUUUGUCUAUAUCACCUAUCAAAGUUAUUGGUUUUGUGCGUAUUUGGCGUUACCUCUAUCAAAAAUAAAGUGUACCUUACUUCACAUGUACAGGACACUGCAUUUCAGCUCCCUUCUUUUGCUAUAGCUGGAGGAUAUGGUUUGGAAAAACUAAAAAAAAAAAAACACUUGGGUCUGGACUGGUAGAAAUUCUAGUCUUCUUUGGACACCUUGUAUAUUAAAUUUUUUAUAAAUUAUGUGAGAUCCAUGUUGUCCAAUCCAAUCAAUGAAAAUUUUCAAGGAUCAUGAUUCAAGAUCCUUGAAAUGCCAACUUAAUUUGCUUUUUUUUAUUGAUUUUGUAUGAAGUAAAUUAGUUCGGUUCUUUGAUUUAUUUAAUACGCAGAACUGGGGUUAAAUUGUUAUAGUUUAGAAUUAUAGGUCAAAUAGUGCAGCGGGUGUAUAAGUACGUUCAUUUAAGCUUUAGAACCGCACUUUCUAAAAUGAUAAGAAUUUCUUACAGCGACGUGUCUGCAGGCGGUCCACUAUCAAAGAUAUCAAGUUUUCAUUCCCAAAUGUAAAUUAGCCUCUUUACCGAUAGAAAGGGCCUAACUAAUCGUUUAAUUUGAUUUAUUUUGAUUAGAAAAACAGCGGAUCUGAGUGAUUAAACGCAAACUCUCAUCCUCAAAUUAUAAAAAUUUACUAAUAGUUUUCAAUAAUUUGUGGAUACACGUUUAAUUUAAGGCGAAGUAGUGGUCCAUGCUCUCACAGUGGAGGUGUAUGCAUAGGAGUGAAGGUGAAGAUCACUCAGCCUUCUCCACAAUAAAUUUAUUGGAUUUAGGUUUUCUCCCUUUUUGCUCCAAAAUAAGAUUUAUUUACCUUCGGUUAAAAUGUGUGGUGCACACUGUUUCCCGUGUAUAUAAAGACAGUCAGCGCACUUUUUAUCACUUAAGCUCCUGUGAAUGGGUACUUAAGUGCCCGCAACACGACGAGCGGAUCCUCUUAAAUUGUCCAUUAAAAAGGUCCAAUAAAUUUAUUGUGGAGAAGGCUGUGUGUUCUUCAUCUUCACUCGAACUUUAAUGUAAGAUUCAUAAACGUUCAUACAGAGUUAUAUUUGUUGUAAAUGGUAUUUUUUGAGGGCUUCAGGCUUAAAUGUUAAUGUCUAAGGCUUUUAAAUUUUGAUAAUCUCAUCAACGUUUUCAUGUAAUAUUAUUUAGACUAGCACUUCAUCACGCAUCUUCCAAUUCGUCAGUAGAUUUUUAUUAAUUUCCCAAUCUUCCAUGGUUCGUUGGUAGAAAUAGUUGAUUUAAUUAGUGAAGCACUCCAGCGAUGCAUUAAUUAAUUCAAUUUGGUGAUUUAUUGAAGUGAAGCCAAGUAGGAUGUAAAAAUUAAGUGAGUGGAUUCGAUGGCAGUAAAGGAUGUAUAUAUUGGUAUGAUAAAUAAAUUAACACCCCCAAUAAUA